AUGUUUAGGAGACCGAGAGAGACCGAGCCCGACAGGCUCUCAAUAAAACUCCGCAACGCACUUCAACCUCUCACUGUGAUUCCUUGGGGACCGCUCGCGAUGUGCUAUCUGGGCGUCCCCAUCGGUGUUGGGGCUUUUAUGAUUGUGGUGCAAGACGACGACUACACAGCUGCCAUUGAAAGGCUUGAGAGAGCAGGAUUCGACCGAACUGUUCCAAAUCGUGCCCCUGCUCCCGAAAUCAUGGAGGACCAUCCAAACCCACAGCAGAUGUUGGACGAAAUCAAUGAUGGCUAUAAACGCUUGGAUCGGUCUUGUGCAGUAUUUAGUUAUCCACAUGGUGACCCAGAAAAAGACAUGCAGCUGUACUUGUUUCCGAAUUAUUUUGCGCACGUCUUUCAAGAAGACAUUCCUCACCCUCCGGCAGAAAUGAACACCUACGGCAAUUUGCACUAUCCACUGGAACAGACGCUUGUGGAAAGCUUUGUUAAGGCUGCGGUCGAUGAAGAAACAGAGACAGGCUUUUCCGCGUGGGGCCAGUCACUGAGAGCGUGGAUAUCUCUGAUGUCAGGAUACCUCGAGGUUGAUAAUGAUGCCCUAGAUCAUUGUCCGGAUAAACGGGCAGUGGAAUGGUAUAGUGAAAACUAUGGUCGAAUCCGGGAGGCCAAGUUCGGCCCCUUUGAUCGACGCAUUUCGAAACGUCUCGGGUCGGGAAAAGAGAUGCCAGUAGAUAUGAGGGGGAAUCCUAUUUAA